AAAAUUGCCGAUAAAUGUCCCAUCAGAUUAAGUGCAGCUGAAGAUGGUUAGGAUGAACCCCACCCUAAAUUGCUUUGCUCAUCCGUAGCCAUCGCAUCCGCAUGCAUUCAAAGCGUUUCAAUAAAGCCACCAAAUUUCCCCCAAGAGUGCUGCUGCAAUAAAGCGUUCACAUGAGAGAGAGAAAUCUUUAAGCUCGAUCGAAGAGAGAAACAGUGAUCAGCGCGUGUGCUUCUGUCAGUCACUGCGUGUGCGUGUGACCAAGAAAUGUCGCCGCAGUCUAGUACCAAUAAUUCAUAGAGAGAGAGAGAGAGAGGAAAUGAAGAGGGAGGAAAAGGUAAAGGAGGAAGAGGAGAGGGAAAGGGAAAGGGGUGAAUUAAUGGUGGAAAAGCUGAAGCGCGGGAUUUCGAUAGGGAAAAGAGAGGGAAAAUCCACUCCUUCUCCCACGUGGAAAUUCGGCUUACUUCAAUCUGACGGAACCCUAAUUCCAGAUUCUAAUUUCCCCCCAAAGUUAACAACACUCUCUGCUAGGAAAUUGGGUGCAAAUCUGUGGGAGAUGGAGCCCCAGCUCAACAUCAACAAAAAUGGGCCUAUUUUGACCAAUCACACUUUGCAAGAUUUGGAUGAGGCAGCAUCACUGUCAAAACAGGAGAAGAGCGGUAUUAGUUUUAGGAAGCAGCUUGCAUCUUCGCUGGCGCAGGAUAAUGCCAGAGUCGAUGAAGCAGCUCUGUCCCCUGCCAGCUGCUCUAGCUCAAUGGAGAUGGCUCUUCCGCGUAGAUCUGCAGUUAGUCCAUUAAGCUCUGUAGUGUCAAAUGGAAAAUUUGGAGAGUCGAGUUAUAGCCUCAAAACAUCCACGGAGUUGCUUAAAGUGCUAAAUAAAAUUUGGAGCCUCGAAGAAAAGCAUGCAUUGGAUAUGUCGUUGGUGAGAGCUCUGAAGAGGGAACUGGAGCAAACCCAGGCACGAAAUCAAGAACUGAUGCAAGAGAAGAAAAGAGAUCAGAGUGAAAUCGAUCAUUUAUUGGAGCAAAUGACAGAGUACAAAGUUGCUCGAAAGAGGGAACAACAACGUAUCAAGGAUACAGUGAAGUUAGUCGAAGACAAGUUAGAGGAUGAACUGAAAUUAAGAAGACAUUCAGAGAGUCGUCAUCACAAGCUGGCCAAGGAGCUCUCGCAGAUGAAAUCAUCGUUCUCUAAUGUCUUGAGAGAACUUGAUCGGGAGAGGAAAGCACGGAUGCUGCUAGAAGACCUCUGUGAUGAGUUUGCCAAAGGGAUUAGAGAUUAUGAGCAAGAAGUACGCCUCGUUAAACAAAAAUGUGGCAAGGAUCAGAUUGGAAGGGAACAAAAUGACCGAUUAAUUCUUCACAUUUCUGAAGCCUGGUUGGAUGAACGAGCGCAGAUGAAGCUAGCAGAUGCUAGCAACGUUUCAUUACAACAAUCUGCUUUGGACAAGUUAUGCAUCGAGAUUGAAUCCUUUCUUCGAGAGAAACAAUCCGAUCAUUCUGGAACUAAUGUUGAUGUGUCCACAAAGACGCCCUCUCAGAGCCGUGCACUUCCACAUUCUCUGGAGUCUUUUCAUUUGAACGAGCCUGCAAGCGCUCCUUGGCAAGUGAACGAUGAAGACGACUCUAUUGGAAUGACCAGCCAUCGUCCUCAUCUUUCUAGAGGGUAUAGUUUGAAGCAAGCGAACGAGGAAUUAGCCUCUGAUGGUCGUAACAAGGAAACAAUGAGACCAAGAGCAGGCAACGAGAAGCAACAUUCACGGAGGGGAUCAUCAGAUCCGUCCUGCUCCCAUAUUCAGCUAGACGAUGAGAAGCAUCACCAACAAGUGAACGAGGGAUCAACGAAAACCAGAAACACAAACUCAUAUGACAUGGGUCAUCACCCGAUGCCCAAGAAAGGCGAAAUCUUGCAACGAUCUACUCGGGAAGGAAGGACAAGAGCAAGUGAUGCUGAUAUGAGUCUUGGGCAUCGCGUGGACCCAUCCAGAAAGUGGAAGUCUGAGGUAUCAGCGGGAGAUCCCGAGAUCUCCGAGUCGUGUGGGAGAUGGGAAAACGGUGCAAGACCAAAUACGUUGAAGGCGAAGCUGAUGGAAGCAAGGCUAGAAGGGCAGCAGCCUCGUUCUUCCAAAGGCUUGUCGAAAGUUGACUAAAUCGAAAGUUGACUAAACAAUGCCACAUUUGUAGAUUCAGCAACUAUGUUCAUGAAGAAAUCAUUUUGACAAUUUUGAUGGAGUACUCUGUAAUAAUGUAUAAACAGUUGUGUAA